AUGGGGCGCAUCUCGUCGCACGAGUUUGGUUCCAUGGACGACAAGAUCUGGCUGCUCGAGCAUGUGUUCGAGACGCAGCAGACGCAGGCCGAGAAGGUGCCAGAAUUAAAGGCGACGGACUUGACAAAGCUCGCCGAGGCCUUCCAGCCCGUGACCUUCGCCGCGGACGAUGUCGUCAUUUUGGCCGGGGACGAGGACGAGUCGCACGCGCGGUUGGUCCUCUUCAGAACCGGCGGUGCGGAGGUCAACGCAGCGCUCCUCGACGAUGACCACGCCGACGCCGACGGCGGCAAGCGCAAGUCCAUCAAGAAGAACAAGCGCAUCACGCGCCUGAAGAGUCCCUUCUACGUCGGCGAGGGCUGGAUCCUCACGGGCAACACGCCCAAAGCGUAUGCUCUACCCAAGGAGAAGGCAAAACGGCUGACGUCGGCGGGGAACACAUCCAUCAAAUUGAUCAAGCGCGACCUCAAAAUUUGCGCGUUCGAGCGCGCGCACCUGCACGGCUUCGUGAACACGCUGUUCCAGAAGAACCUCGACGACGACGAUUUGAUGGCGGCCUUCGAUGGGUACGGCAAGGAGGCCUUUUGUACCGAGAGCUUCGACUUCUGCCGCGAGGUGCACGCGUUCAAGAGGGACGUCGUCGACCUCGACUUCCCCUCGUCGAAGUCGCGCCUGGCGAAGAUCUCCGAGGCCUACUUCCAGUCGGGCAUCCUGAACCUGAGCGCGAAGCAGCGCAAGGCGCUGGACAAGGCCAAGGACGACGCCGAGGCCCAGGGCGACUCGAAGAUCCUCGUCGAGGGGCUCGAGAACCCGCUCCAGCAGGUCUACAAGGAGAUCCAGCAGUCCCAUAUCACGCCCUUCAUGAAGUCGAAGCACUACAACGGCUUCCUCGCGGAGAAGUUCCCCAUCCCCGUCGUCCGGCGGACGCUCCUCGUCAGAGCGGCCAAGGGCGGCGGCGGCGGCGGCAAGGACGACUCCGGCGCGUGCGUCGUCUCUUAG